CCCUCGAUGGUUUGACACCUCUACGGGAGACCGUAACAAAAAUUAAAUUGAAUCGUAAUUUUGUUUGGAUCGUGCCACUCUUUUAAAGUGAAUGUACCUCGUUCGCGUACGAGUGUACAAUUUUUUUUCUGUUUGUCUGUGAACAUCAGUGAAACACCGCGCGCCCCGCACACAACUACCGACGACUCCCCGCGCAACGCAGCAGCAACAGCGACGGCAAGAAGCGGCCGCAACAACAAAACAAAAAGUGAAAUUGCCUUUUGCGGAAACCAACAAAAAAAAAAGAGAAGAAUUAAGUACAAGCUAACACACACAGGCGAAGCAAGUAAAGAUUGUUGUUAACACAGCACCUGUGCGUGUGUGUGUGCGUGUGUAGGUGCGGUUGUGUGCGUAUGGUGUUGCGUUCCAACCCAAAAACCAACAAAAAAAAAGAAACGUUCCAAUUGGAAUACCGCCUGCUAAGAAGAACAGCUGGCUCCACCAACAAACAAAAAAAAAAAAACAGGCGGCCAAGAACAUUUUAGCCGAAAAGACCAUCUGAACGGGGUCUAUUGAACGUUUUUAGACGUAAAGGAAAACAUCUGAGCGGCGGCCAAAGACAAAACGAAAAUAUAGCGGCUAUUAAAAUGGGCGACUUCGAUCUGAAUGUGGAUAGUCUUAUCCAGAGGCUGCUGGAAAAUUUCAAAAAACAAAAAGAGGCCGAAGAGCAUGCCCAGAAGCUGCUCAUCGCUCAACAAUUGGCGGCUGCUGGUGGGGCGGCGGUUGCCGUUGCUACCGCAACGGCUACUGCUGCCGCUGCCGCUGCCGUCACCAACGCUGCAACGUCAUCGUCAUUCACCAGCACAUCCGCUGCUGCUGCUGCUGCUGCCAGCAGCAGUUGUUUGGGUUCGGCCGCCAACAAUCACGAUCCGCUGGAGGAUCUGACCGAACAGCAGCGACGCCUGCUGCAACAGUAUUCGAUAUCGCCGCCCAGCGAAACGAUGAUAUCGGCCGAUGGCGAUCAAAUAACGGUGCAUCAUCCGCGCGAGGAGCCCAAGAAAUCUCGAUUGAAAUUGCGCGACUUUUUCGUCGCCGAAUUUGUGCGCAGCUGUCGUACCGGCAAACAGGUGCAGAUGACCGAGGCAGAGGUGCGCGGCUUAUGCCUGAAGUCGCGCGAGAUAUUCUUGCAACAGCCGAUACUGCUGGAGUUGGAGGCGCCGCUGAUCAUCUGCGGCGACAUCCAUGGCCAGUACACAGACCUGUUGCGGCUGUUCGAGUACGGUGGCUUCCCGCCGGCCGCCAAUUAUCUGUUCCUCGGCGAUUAUGUUGAUCGGGGCAAGCAGUCGCUGGAGACCAUCUGUUUGCUGCUGGCCUACAAGAUCAAAUAUCCGGAGAAUUUCUUCUUGUUGCGCGGCAAUCAUGAGUGCGCCAGUAUUAACAGAAUUUAUGGCUUCUACGACGAGUGCAAGCGCCGGUACAAUGUUAAACUUUGGAAGACCUUCACAGACUGCUUCAACUGUCUGCCGGUGGCCGCCAUCAUCGACGAGAAGAUAUUCUGCUGCCACGGCGGCCUCAGUCCCGAUCUGCAGGGCAUGGAGCAGAUCCGCCGCCUCAUGCGGCCCACAGAUGUACCCGACACUGGGCUGCUGUGCGAUCUGCUGUGGAGUGAUCCCGACAAGGAUGUGCAGGGCUGGGGCGAGAACGAUCGUGGCGUGAGCUUUACAUUCGGCGUGGAUGUGGUUUCCAAGUUCUUGAAUCGUCACGAGCUUGACUUGAUUUGUCGUGCGCAUCAGGUGGUGGAGGAUGGCUACGAGUUCUUUGCACGUCGCCAGCUGGUCACACUAUUCUCGGCGCCCAACUAUUGCGGCGAAUUCGAUAAUGCUGGCGGCAUGAUGACCGUGGACGAUACGCUCAUGUGCUCAUUUCAGAUAUUGAAACCAUCCGAGAAGAAGGCAAAGUAUUUGUACAGUGGAAUGAACUCGUCGCGACCCACUACACCGCAGCGAAGCGCCCCAAUGCUGGCGACCAAUAAGAAGAAAUAAUAUAUCCAUCCGCUUCCAUUUCCUUAAAGGUUCAACAACAAAACAAAUAGAAAGAAAACACUAGUAUACAUACAUACAUACAUACAUACAUACAUACAUACAUACAAACAUACAUAGAUAUAUAGAUAUAUAUUGAAGAUCGAAAAUGGCAAAAUCUACAGUGAGUGUGAGAGACAGAGA